UAGUUAUUAUCCUUGGUGAAAUUUCUCUGUGCUUUAUGACUUUUAUCAUUCAAUUCACCUCUCAUGUAGAAUUGUUGAUUUUAGAUCUUCUACCAUAGUCCCAUCUCAAGCAAGCAAUACAGCUUAAACCAAAUCCCAAAUAAAACAGAAAAAAAAUUUAAUCUUUUUUUUUUUCUUUUUCCUUUUUUCUAAGUGGAGAGCGACAUGGAAUUUGAUGAGCACGAAGACCAAGAGGACGAGGAGGAGGAAAUGGUGCUCCCGGUGGCGCCGCCGCAGCCGGGUUACGAAAACUCGGCGGCGAGGUCCAAAAUGGGCCCCGCUGCCGGAGCCGAGGGUGGUGCAGCCACCAUGACACCUGGUCGCAAAGGAGGUGGGUCAACAGGGACAGUCAGAUAUAGGGAAUGUCAAAAGAAUCAUGCCAUCGGAAUCGGUGGUCACGCCGUCGAUGGCUGCUGCGAGUUUUUGGCCGCAGGAGAGGAAGGCACGCUCGAGGCCGUAAUUUGCGCUGCCUGUAACUGCCACCGGAAUUUUCACCGCAAAGAGAUCGACGGCGAAAUAACCUCCCAUCACCAGCAGCCGCGGCCUCAGCCGCAGUACCACCACCACCACCACCAAUUCUCCCCUUACUACAACCGUGCACCGCCACCUCCUGCUAUUGGAUACCUCCACCACCACUUGAUAACUCCACCGGUGUCCCAGCACCGGCCGUUAGCUCUACCACCUACGGCAUCGGGAGGGGGAUUCAGUAGAGAAGAGGAGGACAUGUCCAAUCCGAGCAGCAGCGGCGGAGGCGGCUUCGGCGGCGGUGGAGGUAGCUGCAGUGGAACGAAGAAAAGGUUUAGGACUAAGUUCACUCAGGAGCAGAAGGAUAAGAUGCUGGCAUUUGCGGAAGGGUUAGGGUGGAGAAUCCAGAAGCAUGACCAAGCCGCUGUGGAGCAAUUCUGUGCGGAUAAUUGUGUGAAGAGACAUGUUCUCAAGGUUUGGAUGCACAAUAACAAGCACACUCUUGGUAAGAAACCCUAAUUUCGAUUUUUAAGUCAACAUGGUUGGGCAUUUUUGGUAUCUUAUCUACCUGUUCCAACAUUACUGGUUUUUAGUGUCAAUAGGAUUUUGUGGGACAAGAGAGUGUAGCUGUGUCUGCAAAAAAAGAAAAAGAAAAAAGAGAGAAUAAUUUGUAAUCUGAAAUUUUAAUGGACAUUUUGCUAGGGUUCUUCCUUAA